AUGAUAAAGAGAAUAAAAGAGAUAUACAAAGAGACAAAGUGCAGAGUGAGAGGGGAAGACGGGGUUUCAGAAGAAUUCUGGGUGGAGAAAGGGGUGAGACAGGGGUGCCCGAUAAGCCAGCUGAGACAUUUACAUCGCAGACCUGGAAGAGGAUAUGCCGAUGAUAUUGUACUAUUAGCAGAGAGUGAAGAGGAACUGAAAGCAAUGAUCGAAAGAGCCAGGAGAUACUUUGAAAGAAAAAAGCUUGAGGUGAGCGGCGAGAAGACGAAGAUAAUGGUAGCGAGAAAGAACGGAGGAAAGAGGAAAGAGAAGAAAUGGAAAUGGGGGGACAAGGAAAUAGAAGAGGCCAAGGAAAUGAAAUACCUAGGCUACAACAUCACGAACAAUAAUACAGAAGAGGCACCCUUAAGAGAAAGAGUAAGGAAAGCAAAGAUAGCCAUGGCAAGCCUGUGGGGAAUAGGAGAAAGACAGUUCAGAGGAGAUAUCAGAUGGAGAAUUAAACUCUUCGACGCAAGAAUCAAGCGAAUCCUGAUGUUCGGGGCAGAAAUCUGGGGCUGGAAAGAGUGUGAGGAAAUCGAGAAAGUACAAGAAAAAUAUAUAAGGUGGAUAUUAGGAGCGGAAAGGACGACACCGGGUUACGUAAUUAGAGAUGAAUUGAAGAGACAUAAAAUCAGGGUGGCAGCGGGCAUGCCGAGAGGAACGUCGGAAAGAGGAAGCGAAGGGGAGGUACACAAGGGACGGCAAAGAGAGACAACAAUACCUUUGGAGAUGCGGAAUAGGAGAUUAGAAGCGGAACGACUACUAGAAAACGAUGGAAGCCUAGAAGAAAAUGCAAUAAAUAGAGACAAAGAGGUAUAG